AUGUGCUAUUGCAACUUGAGUGAUAAAAGGGAAGGAUUUCCUUCAAGCCCCAACACCCACCACCAGGUGCACCUCGGGGUGCCGCUGCGAUUUGUUUCUAUGCGUCGGCGGGCAAACAAACUAUUGUGCGAGGAGAGGAGGGGGGCGAGGGGCACAUCCGUCGGGGCCGAAGAGACGUCAUCGUCGUCCAUUGGUGAGAAAAGAUUGGCUGCGCCCAUCACUGAGGUGGCAUUGGAAGAAACUCGGCGUCACGGUGGCUCUGCCGGCGUCCUCGACCCUCUCCUCUUUUUUUUGCUGAGGCUCCAACGGUUGCAGCUGUCUUUAGUUCACGCAUUGGAGUCACUGGGUGUGCGGAGCGAUCAGUUAGGGCCCUACGGUUGCGCAUGCGCUGAUGGCGAAGCUGCCGAUAUACCGGGGACUACCGUGGGGGAUGACAAUUUGCCGUUGAACACUCUAAACCCACUGGAUCGUUAUAUAAUUGCACACAAACACAGAGAUGCCUGUGCUCUGAAGACCGGGGAUGAGUUGUGCAGUCUUACGCAAGAGACUCAGGCAACUUCCCUUGACGCUAUUCUUCGAUGGGUUGAUGCCAGAUCUCCCUGCGAUGCCACUCAGGAUGUGGCCUUCUCGCGCAGUACUUUGAUUGCUUCUCUUACUGCCACGAUGGAUGCUCCGCUUGCUGCAACUUCCAGUCCUACUGCGAAUAAUAAUAACGUAGCUGUACAGCCACCUAACAGAAAACGGAAGCGCUCUUUAGAGAAGCUUGAGGUUAAUAACAUCGGAUUUCGCAAUCAUUGGCGGCACUACGUUACCCAGCUUAGAACGGCAUACAAGUUGGAGCUUGCAGUAGUCAAAAAAGCAUGUGCCGUAGAUAUUGGCAAGGGACUUUCUUCUUGUGCAAAGUGGGGAAAAAUCGACAGGGGCCAAGCUGCAGCCCUCACAACUCCUGCUGCAGUCUGUCUUGAAAGGAACUACGAGGAGCUGACCCUGGCUAAAGACGCCUUGGCGGACUGUCAAAGGGACGUCACGGAGCUCUUCUCUUCAAUAGAGAGUGCCAUAGAUGAGUAUGCGGAGCAGACACGGAAAGUUGCCGAGUACGAGGAUUAUUUUUGGUCCAAUGUAAGACUUGCCAAAUGUGAGUGCAAGGCCUUGCUGGAACUAAGCCGUCGCAUAAGGUCUCUUGCUGGGUCAUCAUAG